UGUACUAAGCGCUUAGCACUGUCGCCCGUGGCGCCGACGAUGAAGGAUGGAAGUUUCCUCCGCCGCCGGCUCUCCCUGGGCCCGGCCACGUCCACACCCCAGAAGAGUGACCCCCAGAAGCUCAGCCGGAACCUGCUCUUCGGUGGCGAGAAUGACCUCUUCCCCCUCAGCCCAGGGAAGGACGUGGAAGGACACAACCCCCUGGUGCUACAGGACGAAGAGGCCCAAACUCCGGUGUCCAUCUCCAAAACCCAGCAGAUGGACUACAGGUUCUGCAAUGGGACUGACCGGGCCAAGGCCACCCCCGCCCCUGAGGUGGCUAGGAAGGAGAGGUUAAAGGUACAGAAGCACAACUAUCGUCAGGAGAAGAAGCGAGUGAGCAAACAGCUGGUCAGCGCCCUGCGGGACCCCAGUGUGGUCAUCAUGGCUGACUGGCUCAAGAUCCGGGGGGCCCUGAAGAGCUGGUGCCGUCUGUGGUGCGUGUUGAAGCCGGGCGCGUUGUUGCUGUACAAGACCCCCAAGAUGGACCACUGGGUGGGGACCGUCCUGCUGCACUCGUGCGAGCUCAUCGAACGUCCAUCCAAGAAGGACGGCGUCUGCUUCAAGCUCUUCCACCCGCUUGACCAGUCCAUCUGGGCCGUCAAGGGCCCGGAGGGGGAGAACGUGGGAUCCAUCACCCAGCCGCUCCCUGGCAGCCACCUCAUCUUCCGGGCCUCCGAGUCCGACGGUCACUGCUGGCUGGAUGCCCUGGAACUGGCCCUGUGCUGCUCUGGCCUGUUCCGGCUCAGCACAGCCAAGAACGGGAAAGACGGGGAGCCCAACGGUGCGGGGGACCCGGCCCAGGCCCCCCUCAACGGCCUCCUGCUCACCUCCAACCACGAGCUCUUCCAGCCGAGCGACGCGGCCCUGGAGGACGGCGGCCUGUCGGACAGGUGGGAGCGAGAGCCGGAUGAGGAGUCGGAGAACGGGGGUCCCGGGGGGGACCGCAAGGCCGGCGAGAGCGAGCAGGCGGAGACCCCCGAGGAGCAGGGCUCGGCGGGGUCCACCGCCACCACGUACGUGGAGCAGGCCCACGAGGAGAUGGGCGAGCCGGGCGGCUCGUCGCAGACGGAGACGGUGUCGGAGGAGAACAAGGGGCUGAUGUGGGCCCUGCUGAAGCAGCUGCGGCCGGGCAUGGACCUGUCCCGCGUGGUGCUGCCCACCUUCGUCCUGGAGCCCCGCUCCUUCCUCAACAAACUCUCCGACUACUACUACCACGCCGACCUGCUGUCCCGGGCUGCCCAGGAGGAAGACCAUUACCGCCGUCUCAAGCACGUCCUGCGCUGGUACCUGUCCGGCUUCUACAAGAAACCAAAGGGAAUCAAGAAGCCGUACAAUCCCAUCCUGGGAGAAACCUUCCGCUGUCGCUGGUACCACCCGCAGACCAACAGCCACACGUUCUACAUCGCGGAACAGGUCUCCCACCACCCGCCCGUGUCGGCCUUCCACGUGAGCAACCGGAAAGACGGCUUCUGCGUCGGCGGCAGCGUCCUGGCCAAAUCGAGGUUCUACGGGAACUCCCUGUCGGCUCUUCUGGACGGGCAGGCCACGCUGACCUUCCUGCGGCAGGAGGAGGAGUACAUCAUCACCAUGCCGUACGCUCACUGCAAGGGCAUCCUGUACGGAACCAUGACCAUGGAGCUCGGGGGCAAGGUGACCAUCAGCUGCGCAAAGAACAACUACCAGGCCGAGCUGGAAUUCAAACUCAAGCCCUUCUUCGGCGGCGACUCGAGCCUCAAUCAAAUCUCCGGGAAGAUCAAGUCCGGCGACGAGGUGCUGGCCAUCCUCUACGGCCACUGGGAUGGGGAAGUACUGAUCCAGGACCAGACAGACGGGAUCACCGACGUUUUCUGGAAUCCGACCGGAGCGGUCCGGAGGCAGAGGCUGAAGCGCCACACCGUGCUGUUGGAGGAGCAGGCGGAGCUGGAGUCCGAGAGGCUGUGGCAACACGUGUCCAGUGCCAUCCGCAGGGGCGACCAGGCGACGGCCACGCAGGAGAAACUGGCGCUGGAGGAGGGUCAGCGCAGCAGGGCCCGGGCCGCCGCCGCCUCCGGGGAGGACUGGAGGCCUCGACUCUUCUGCCACGAUUCUUCGCACCAGUGGCACUACAGAUAUGAGGACCUGAGGCCUUGGGAUCCCCGGAACGACUUCGACCAGUUCGAGAAGGACGGGAUUCUCCGGACGGAGGGGAGACCCGGCGAGCGUUCAGCUAAUAGCCCCCAGGAUCGCAAGGCCAGUGACCAGCCCUCGACGGCCAGCCAGACCACCGACAGCAGUGGCUUCACCCCGGAGUCGGCCCCGGACCUCUCCGACGACAGCGGGGCCAGUCAAGGCAGCCUUUGGACGUGUGCCCGGUGCGGGCAGGAGAAGGGGCGUCUACAGGAGAUCCAGGCGGCCAUCCUCACUCUGCAGAAAACCCAGCAGGAUAUCCACAGACACCUGGCCGCCCUGACCAAGAGAGCCCUCCGCCCUCCGCCCGCCCCGGCCGGCUUCCUCCAGAACCCGCGCCUCUGGUUUCUCACCUGUGUCUUCCUCGCCUGUCAGCUCGUCCUCAACUACGCCUUCAAGUAGCUGCCCCGGCCUCCCGCCUCGAUGGCGGCAACUGCGGGUCCUCGCUGCCCCCCUGCCCGCUCACCCCCGGCACCGAGCACUUUAACCCGCCCGGCCUCGGCGGGUGGACGGACGGACGGACGGACGGACGGGCUCCAGGCCGCGCCGUCGACCUCUGCCCACCUUAACCGACCUUGGGCCUGGUGGGCCUGAAAAUGGAAGCCCAAUGUAGCUUUCCUCCCGCAGAUGGGUGUCUUCUACACUCUCUCCUCCCUCCUGGCAUCCUGGGGGCCACCAGGCCCCGUUCACAGCCCUCGCCCGUCGGCGACGGGCCAGCCCGGGGUGAACCGGUCGGGUCUCGGCCUGGGCACCGCUGCGCCUGGUGGAGUCUAGCCCGGGCACCUCUGAGCCCCGUGGACCUCGCAGCUCUGUACUGAUCACCUCCCGGCGUCUCGGGACGGGGGCACCCCCGGCCGGGCCAAGCGGAUCCAAAGAAACCCCUGCCCCGGUGCCCGGGCGCGACCCCUCUGGGCUGGGCGCCGUUCAAGUGGCCCAGGGCCACCUCUCCGGGGACCUAACUAGCUCCGAGCCCCAGCUGGUCCCCUUGGGGACCACCCACCCAGACAAUAAUAAUAAUAAUAAUGGCAUUUAUUAAGCGCUUACUAUGUGCAAAGCCCUGCUCUAAGCGCUG